AUGAGUUCCACUUUAGAAGGAUACACAAACGCAUUAAGAGAAGUUUUAGAUGUUAGUUUAUCUCUUUAAGAUUUCCCUAGUGAAAUUGUCGAAAAGCAUAAUAAACCAGAAGUUGAAUUACAUGGAUACAACAAAACCACUAAAAAUCUUGUCCUCCAUCCAAUCUACUUGGCUCGUAGUGACAAGGAAAAGUGUUUGGUUGAACCUUCAGUCAACUCAUGCAGAAUUAGCUUCUUGUUGAAGAAAAAUGAUGAACUCGAUAUUUUGAUCGCUUCAAGAUUCUCUUAAUAUUUUAUGGUUAGAGCUGAUUAAUUUUAGAUUUUAAGAAGAAAGGCUGUUACUGGUUAUGAUGUUAGCUUCUUGAUCACUAAUGAGCAUUUAGAAAAGUACCAAAAGAAAGAAUUAAUUUAAUAUAUAAUAGAUUUUGUUGGCAAUGUUGAAAAGGAUUUGAGUGAUAUUAAGUUAAAUAUUAUCUCAUAAGCUAGAAAGUCUGCUACUUUCUAUGCCAAAUAAAUUUCUAAAGACAUAUGA